ACUUUUAUUUCAAUUUCCCGUCAUAGUGUGUUUGUCUGACGUGGGGUUAAAGCGCUGAGGUGAGUAAUACACAUUUACUAUUGAAAUGGCUUAUGUUCUCGUUUAGCAAAUAUUGUUAAUUUCGUGUUUGCGCGUGUUUAUUUUCGGGGUCCAACCGGUUUGGCACCUUUUCGUCAUUCGUCGAACUUCUAUUUAUCUCUUAAGAUAGAGAUGUGGGUCAAUUAGAGGCCGGCAUGGGGGUCUUCGGGCCCACGGCGCUGCUGGUGGAGUUUUGCCACACGGACCAGCAGCAGCCGUUCCCGUUGUGGCAGGAUGGACACGUGGGCGUCUGUUUUAACCAGCUGGUCCUCGGCGUCCUGCCCCACACCGUCAUGGCCGCUCUCGCUGCCUUCUACUUGGGCGUGGCCAGGUGCCAUCUGGUGUGGGCAGCGCCACCUUGUGGCAGUUCGCUGCGCUUAGUGGCGUCGGCGUUGGCGUCGGCGCUGUUCGCUGCCGACGUGGCGCUGGCGGUGGCGGCCCGGCGGCCUGACAUGUACCCGGACGCCCUCGCCGGCGGAUUUGGCGCCCUGGCCUGGCUGGUCCACAUGGGCGCGGUGGCCGCCCUCCCGCGGUGGACGCGGGGCCCUCUGCUGCUCAGCCUGUCCGUGCUUCUGUGCGUCCCACACCUCGUCAUCACCUUCCUCAUCUACCUCCAAAGAAGCCUCCCUGUGACCUCGAGCGGAACCCUCCUUUUGGCACGCUUGGUUCUGGCCGCCGCGAGGACGCUCCCCGUGUUGCUGUACUUUGCGGGGGUAGCGUGCCGGCCGCCAUGCACACAAGGACCCAUGUUGCGUGGCCAAGGCGAGGAUGUGACGCCGCUGCUUCCUGAGGAGGACACAGGCGAGAUGGUGGCGGAAGACGGCAGCGGGUGCUUCUCCCGCCUUUUCUACCUUUGGCUAACGCCACUUUUGCGGCGGGGCCAGCGGGGCGAGUUGGACCGGGCGGCCCGCGUCUACCACCUCCCCCGCAGCCUGCGCACCGCCGUCAUCCGGCGCCGCUUUCACCGGAGCUGGGCCACGUGCCGCUGGGGGCCGGCGCCUGACCCCUGGCCUCGGCCGGUCUGCGACUUCGGGGAGGAGUUGCCCGAGCUGGUCGGCGACGUGAGUCUGUUGCGCGUCCUGCACGUGGCCUUUGGAGGGCGCUAUUACGUCCUGGGGGUGCUGAAGCUGGCGGUCAACAUGCUGCGGUUCUGCGGGCCUCUCCUGCUCAGCCUCCUGGUGGGCUUCAUGGAGGACCAGGAUGCCCCAGUCAGUCACGGCGCCUGGUGCUGCGCCGCCCUCUUCGCCAGCUCCCUCCUCUGCGCCGUCCUCCAGAACAUCUUCGCCUUCCAAGUGUCCAAGGUGGCUCUUUCGGCCCGCGCCGCCCUGGUGUCGGCCAUUUACGGCAAGGCGCUGCGAGUGGGCGGCGCCGGUUUGGCCCGUCUGUCCUUGGGGGAGGUGGUCAACCUGAUGAGCGCCGACACGGAGCGCGUGGUCAACUUCUUCAACAGCUUCCACGAGCUGUGGAGCCUCCCCUUCCAAUUGGGCAUCGCCCUCUACCUGCUUUACCUGCAGGUGGGCGUGGCCUUCCUGGGCGGGCUGGGCGUGGCAUUGCUGCUGGUCCCCUUCAACAAGUUUCUGGCCUCUCGCAUCGUCAGCAACAACCGGCACAUGCUGCGAUAUAAGGACGCCCGCGUCAAGCUGAUGACGGAGCUCCUGUUGGGGAUCCGCGUCAUCAAGUUCUACGGCUGGGAGUCCCACUUUGCCCGUAAAGUGGGGACAUGUCGUGGCGGCGAGCUGUCGCACCUCAAGGCCGUCAAGUACCUGGACGCCAUGUGCGUGUACACGUGGGCCGCGCUGCCCGUGGUCAUCUCCAUCCUGACCUUCCUCACCUACGUGCUCCUUGGCCACCAGCUCACCGCCGCCAAGGUGUUCACCACGUUGGCGCUGGUGGGAAUGCUGAUCGUUCCUCUCAACGCAUUCCCGUGGGUACUGAACGGCAUCCUGGAGGCCAAGGUGUCGCUGGAGCGCAUCCAGCGCUUCUUCGGACUCACCAACCGUAAUCUGCAGGCUUACUACGCCCUGGUGUGGCCUGAAGACAAGGAGACGGCGGUGCUGUUGAAUCAGGGCACGUUUAGUUGGCAGGGGCCCCAGGGGGAUGCUGAAUUGGACAGUGGCGCCCCCACUGGACCUCUGCUGCUAUUGCACGGCCUCAAUCUCAGCAUAAGAAAGGGGUCGCUGACGGUGGUGGUCGGAAAAGUGGGUUGCGGAAAGAGCUCAUUGCUGGCCGCCAUCACCGGAGAACUCAACAGGCACAGCGGCGUGGUGUACGUGGCGGAUCGCGAGCGCGGCCUGGGCUUGGCGGCGCAGGAGCCGUGGAUCCAGCACGCCUCCGUCCGCGACAACAUCCUGUUUGGCAAAAGCUACGACGCCUCCUUCUACCGGGCCGUGGUGGAGGCCUGCGCUCUGGCCGACGACCUCGCCAUUCUACCAAACGGCGACCUCACCGAAGUGGGCGAGAAUGGCGUCACGCUGAGCGGAGGCCAGAAGGCCCGAUUGGCCCUCGCCAGGGCCGUUUAUAUGGACAAAGACGUGUACCUGCUGGACGACCCGUUGGCGGCGGUGGACGCCGAGGUGGCUCGGCACCUCAUGCGCAAGUGUAUCCUGGAGCAGCUGGCGGGAAAGACCAGAAUCCUUUGCACGCACCGCGUGGAGCUGGUGGACGCCGCCGAUGUGGUCGUCCUCAUGGAUAACGGCACCGUCGUCAACACGGGUUCGCCAGCAGAAAUCCUUCCUCUGCUGGAAGCUGAACCGACGCAACUCAACGAGGAGCACGACGACAAAGAAAAAGCAGAAGCUGAGGUGGAGGAGGAGGAGACUUCCCUCCGAGAGCUUUGUCUGGACGAUGACGAGGGCGACCGUUCGGACUCGGAGAAGAAGCAGGCGGGAGGUCUGUCGUGGAAAGUGUACCACGCCUACUGGGUGGCGGUGGGCGGAGUCCUGGCCGCCUCCAUUUUGAUGUCGCUCCUCGCCAUGCAAGCCUCUAAGAACACGUCGGACUGGUGGCUGUCUCACUGGAUCUCGGCGCUGAAGAGCAACGCGUCCGCCAGCGCCAACCGCUCCCCUGCCUCGCCUCGCUUGCUGCUCUUCUCUGGCGGGAGUUUCAUGUCUCCUUUGUCGCCGGCGCCGGAGCCUGGCAGCGAAGUGCGCUUCUACCUGGCGGUGUACGGCGCCAUAGCGGGCGCCAACAGCGUCUUCACCGCCCUGCGAGCUUUCCUCUUUGCUUACGGCGCUCUUUGCGCCGCCGCCUCCAUCCACGACCGGCUCCUGGAUCGCGUCGUCAAGGCCACGGUGAGCUUCUUCGACACCACGCCGCUGGGGCGCGUCCUCAACCGCUUCUCGUCGGACGUGUACGCCGUGGACGACAGCCUGCCCUUCGUGCUCAACAUCCUGCUGGCCAACGUCUUUGCUCUGCUGGGCACGCUGGCCGUGAUGACUUUGGCGCUGCCUUGGCUGCUGCUGGCGCUGCCGCCUUUGGCGCUGCUCUACCUGCGCACGCAGUCCUACUACCGGCACACCUCGCGCGAGCUCAAGCGACUGUGCAGUGUCACGCUCUCGCCCGUCUACUCGCACUUCUCGGAGACGCUCGCCGGCCUCGCCACCAUUCGGGCCAGCGGCAGCUGCGCCAGGUUUGAGGAGGAGAGCGUGCGUCGGCUGGACAAGAACCAGCGCUGCUUGUUCCUGAGCAACGCCGCCACGCAGUGGCUGGACAUCCGCCUGCAGCUCAUGGGCGUCGCCGUGGUGACCGGCCUCGCCGUCUCGGCUGUGGUACAGCACCACCUGCGGGUGGUGGACCCGGGCUUGGUGGGUUUGUCGCUGUCGUACGCGCUGUCCAUCACCUCGCUGCUGUCGGGCCUGAUCUUCGCCUUCACGCAGACCGAGAUGCAGCUGGUCAGCGUGGAGAGAGCCCACGAAUAUUCCAACCAGCUCCCGGCGGAACCUCAGCAGCAGAACCCGGAACUGCCGCCGUCGUGGCCCCAGUGCGGGAGUGUGGAGUUCCGCCAGGUGGUCCUGGUGUACAGGGAAGGUCUUCCCAAGGCCUUGGACGACGUGAGCUUGGUGGUGCGAGCCGGUGAGAAAGUGGGCAUCGUGGGCCGCACGGGCUCGGGCAAGUCGUCUUUGUUCGCCGCGCUCUUCCGCAUGGUGGAGCUGAGUCGCGGCGAGAUCCUCCUGGACGGGCUGGACGUCGCCACCGUGGGGCUCCAUCAGCUCAGGUCCAGGCUGGCCAUCAUUCCUCAGGAUCCUUUCCUGUUCAGCGGGACCGUCCGAGAGAAUCUGGACCCCUGUGGCCAGCACCAGGACCAGCAGCUUCUGGAGGUCCUGGACCAGUGUCACCUCGGCUCCGUGGUCAAUGCCAUGGGUGGUCUGGAUGCUGAGCUUCUGGACCGAGGCCGGACUUUCUCCGUGGGUCAGCGCCAGCUGCUGUGUCUGUCCCGCGCACUGCUCACUCAGGCCAAGGUUCUAUGUGUGGACGAGGCCACGGCCAGCGUGGAUCACAAGACGGACCAACUGCUGCAGAAGACCAUCGCCGACAGGUUCCGGCACCAGACGGUCCUCACCAUCGCGCAUAGGCUCAACACGAUCAUGGACUGCGAGCGUGUCCUGGUGAUGCACGCCGGGAAGGUGGUGGACUUCGACACGCCGGCGGCACUGUGCCAGAAGGACGAUUCGCUUUUCCAGCGGCUCCUCGGCAGGCAGGGAAGCGCCACACCGGGACCGACGCUUUGACGUUGUCUUCUUUGCGGAUUUACGCCGCCCGCCGGACAUUCACGUUUGUAUAAUGCGCCACUUGAGUUGAAAGACGACGGUGGAGCCUUGACUUGAUUGCCAUGACCUCAAUAUUUUUUGUUAUGAGCCCCUUUUUUUUUUUUUUUUUUUUAUUGAUACAAAGAAGGUCGUUCUAAUAUGAUUGGUCAUUUUGUAUGUUAGAAAUUUAUAAAGAAAAACAUUUUGGCACAGGAUUCACAACGGACAAAACUGGUGGAAUGAGGAAACGGCUGUAAAUAAAUAAACACAAACGUGUCUUACCUG